CGGUUCUGAGGUCUGCAGCGAACAGAGGACAGACACCACUAAGGCUGUUUUUGUUUUACUGGCUGUGAGUAAACCAGCAGAGACGUACCGGUACCGGCACGGUGGGUUGGAAGGCGGGACUUCCGGCCGGCGAGCAGAACCCAAACUGGUUCUGCUGUUUCUGUCGGUGUGCAGCGACUGGACCGAGCCAGUGUUCUGUUUGCAUGAGAUAAAGAAGGCUGUAUCAUGGCACGUCACACGAUGCUGAGCUGCUUCCUACCCAGAGCAUGCAGUCCUCUUUUCUGCUUGUGGGCCGUUGUUCUGCCCGUGGUCUCCUUAAACAGCCUGAACCACCACGAGCACCAGGACCAUCGGCCCAAGCUGCUGCUUGUGUCCUUCGAUGGCUUCCGAUGGGACUACAUCGACCGUGUCCCAACGCCUAACUUCCGCAGAAUCAUGGACUCGGGGGUGAAGGUUGAGUUCGUGGAGAACGUUUACAUCACCAAGACCUACCCCAACCAUUACAGCAUGGUGACCGGACUGUACGCUGAGACGCACGGCAUCGUGGCCAACGAGAUGUACGACCCCACCCUGAACCUGUCCUUCUCCACGGAGGCCGACAGCUUGUAUGAGUCGAGGUGGUGGGAGGAGGCCGUUCCUCUCUGGGUGACAGUUCAGAAAGACGGAGGGCGGAGCGGGGCGGCCAUGUGGCCAGGGUCCGAUGUGAAGAUCCACGGCAUGUUCCCCACUCGGUACCUCCAGUACAACGCGUCGAUGUCCUUCGAAUAUAGGGUGGAACGGAUCAUUGAGUGGUUCUCCGCUCCUGAGGAGGAAGCAGUGGAUUUUGGAGUUCUCUACUGGGAGGAGCCGGAUGAGAGUGGGCACAACCUGGGUCCUCAGAGCCCCCUCAUGGAUGCAAUCAUUGCUGGGAUUGACGAGAAGCUUGGCUUCCUCAUGGACGAGCUAAAGAAGGCCGGGCUGUAUGAGGAAGUAAACCUGAUUGUGACCAGUGAUCACGGGAUGGCUCAGCUUUCCCCUGAGAAGAUCAUAGAACUGGAUGAGUACGUGGACAGAGAACUGUACACCUGGGUGGACAAGAGUCCGGUGGUGGGAAUCCUGCCUAGAGAAGGGAAGCUCGACGAAGUGUUUGGUUUACUUGUGGAYGCAAACCCAAACAUGCUGGCGUACAAGAAGGAGGACGUUCCCCUGCGCUUCCAUUAUCAGCACAACACCAGGAUCAUGCCCAUCCUCUUAGAGGCCAAGGAGGGUUGGACCAUCAUGCAGAACCGGAGUGGACCGUUCAUGCUGGGAAACCACGGCUACGACAACACCCUGCGUAGCAUGCAGCCUGUGUUUGUGGCCCGCGGACCGGCUUUUCGACAGAACUAUGUUAAGACCUCAAUGCGCUCCGUUGACCUCUACCCUCUCAUGUGCCACAUCUUAUCCACACGGCCUCUACCAAACAACGGCUCCCUCCUCAACAUCCAGGACCUCCUGUCCUCUCAACCAGCUGCRUCCACACCCACUGCCGCUCACCCACCCUCUCCUCCAAAGCUCAACAGGGUUAAAUGUUACUUGGAAGCAGCCGAUCCAUUUAAGACUCUCACUGUGUCAAACUAUGUUCCUUUCAUGAGCUAAUCACAAUCAUUUGCCUUUAAACUUAGCAGAGAACACGUCUUAAAGUAACUGUGUCUUUUCUAGUUUGACUGUCUGUCUGUCGAAUCCGGAGAGGAUUUAUUUAUUUUUUCAUAUGUCGUGUUUGGAUCGUCAUGACCAUUGCCAUGUUGUUGGUGAAAUGUGAAGUGCAAUUGCUAUUUGUGAGUAUWAUUGUCUUAGGAAAUUUAGACUUUACUGUCAUUUUGUAAAGAUGAUUAUUUUCAGCAUGACUUGCAGGUUCCACUCCUGUAAUUUGCACUAAAAGAAAUGGAAACAGAAGAAGCUGAAGAUGCUUUUUAGGACGCGUAGCUUUUGAUUUGCACUUUGAAUUUCUAGUUGCUAUUUUAAAAAAAAAGGGUAAACGCUUUUUGUUAAAAGGUUUUAAUUAGCAUAAAUGAUACUAAAAGGUAGAAGACGUAGAAUUCAAAACAAUAAUGCUUAUAUUUUUGCAGCAAUUAAAAAAAUACUACAAAUUUUUGCUUUUUACUGCGUUGACUGAAACCUGUGCCCCCCCAAAAAACUGCAGACAUCACUGUGAUAUAGAUAUAUAUAAAUACUUUUUAAUAAAUUUUAAUUCAUAAAUUGAGAAGCCUUUAUAUAAAUUAAUAACUUUCUGGCUAUCUUAAUGUUUUAGUAAACACAUAAAAAUGAUUUUUUUCCUGACUUGUUGAAAGAAAACUAAAAUAUAUUYAGACUAUAUUUCAAAAUUAUUCAUUUGUAAUAAUUAGAAAAGAAGUUUAUGGAUUGAAAUGUGGAUAUUUAAUAUGGAUGAAAAUUUAUUUGCCAUGUUGAUGCAGUUAUAGAGUCUUCUGAAAAUAAAGAAACUAAUAAAAACAAA